ACUAAAUAGAGACAAUUGAAAUCUGAAAGACUAAAUUGAGACUCACAAGUAUGCCCUCAAAAUCUUGGAGAAACCUUUACACACUAACUCCUCUCAUCGCCGCCGCUCGCGCUCUCUCCUCCCUCGCAAUGCCUCUGCCGGCACUCCCUCCAUCCACCUUCCGUCUGUGCUCGCUCAUUCCGCCUCCCCUGACCUUCCCUCGACCGUCACUCUCUCUGGCAAGGCCUCCCUCCUCGGCGCUCCCUCUCUCGCAAACCCUCCAUCCUCGCUCCCUCCGUCGGUGCUCCUUCCCUCUUCCUUUUCAUUUUGCAGAAUUGUUCUGUGAAAUGCAGGUAGAAGUUGAGGAGUUACGGAAAGAAAUUACUGAUAUACAAAAUCUGUUGGAAGAGCUAAAUAAUUCCCAUGGUGGUAAAUUUGGGGAAAUUGCCUCAAGGAGGAAAACUACCAAGUCUAGUAAAGAGAUCGUAGAUGAUCCAGUUGACAUCAAGAGAAGAGAAUAAGUAAAAGAAGCUAUGCUUCAUGCUUGGGGUUGGGGAUCUUAUGAGAAGUAUGCAUGGGCCCAAGAUGAACUUUAGGUAUUUUUUUCCCCAGAUUAUAAGUAUGGUAAUUAUGUAUGAACAAUCAACUUUAAAGCUUUUGGUCUAAAGUUAGUAGUUCAGCUUCUUUCUUUUGAAUAUGACACUACUUUGGUGUUUUUGCAAUGACUGAUUUUGUUUAC